AACUUUCAUUCGCAACCAAAAAGAGGAAAGAACGACGGCUGAAAAUGUCAAAGGAGGGGUAACGUUGUUCGCUCUGUUUUUGUGGAGCGCCAGUCAUCUCUUCAUUCUCUUUCCUUCCUCAACAUUUCUGAAUUUUCUCGUUAUCUCUUAACUUCUCCCGGAAUCUCUCUUUCUCUCUCCUCAUUGCGUUGAAUUUUUUGUCGGAAAUUUCCAUUUUCCUCAAAUUUGAUUUCGCUCUAGCUUUUUCUUCGUAAUUAUUGCACCAUUAAUCACCUACAUUUCUAACGCAUUUCCAAUUUUUGCGGAACUUUCAGGGUUUGCAAUCUCCAGGUUAUACAAUCUGAAUUACCUCGCAAAACUAUGAUUGAAAAUUAGAACCCCUUUAGAAUGUUUGGGUUUAAGAAAAAGGGUGCAGGAUCUACUGCAGCUAGUCCUGCACACCCUGAUGCUGAAUCAGGCCUUCGGUCGAGGCGAACAUCGUCCGAACCUAUAUCGAUCGCCCAAGCCCUAGAUGGAGACCUAGAGAACAAGUCAGUGCAGGAGCUUGAGAGCUAUGCGGUUAAUAAGUCUGAAGAGACAACUAAGUCUGUUAACAAUUGUCUUAAGAUUGCUGAGGAUAUUAGGGAGGAUGCUACAAGGACCCUUGAAACCUUGCAUCAGCAAGGCGAGCAAAUUCAUAGGACUCACGAGAUGGCGGUCGGUAUUGACCAGGAUUUGAGCAAGGGAGAAAAGCUGCUAAACAGUCUUGGUGGAAUGUUCUCCAAGACAUGGAAGCCAAAGAAGACUCGCAGCAUAACAGGGCCGCUUUCUACACCAGAUGCACCAUCCAAAAGUGCAACAAAAGAGCAGAAAGAGAAGUUAAAGGGUGCUCCUGUACCAAAUGGAAAGCCAAGUAGUAAAACACCGCCUUCUGAACAAUCAGCAACCAUGCAGAAAGUUGAGUUGGAAAAGGAAAAACAAGAUGAUGCUCUUUCAGAUUUAAGUAAUAUUCUGGGUGAUCUCAAGGGUAUGGCAGUGGAUAUGGGGUCUGAACUCAAUAGGCAAAACAAAGCUCUUGAUCAUCUUGACACAGACAUGGAUGAGUUAAACUCCAGGGUGAAAGGGGCUAACCAGCGUGCUCGCCAUCUACUUAAGUGAAUAGAUCAGUUACCUAAGGUUCUUGUUGGUUUGUAAUUGGUCUAUAUAAUUUCAUUUGUAUUUGUUCCACAAUUGUUAGAUGUUGUAAUUCCAUCCAUUCUUUUACUUGUAUGGUGGUUGGUUUUACAAUCGUAUCAUACCUUCCAUCUGUAUACAUGACACAACUACACAAGCAAUAAAUAACUAAGGCUGUUUAUUUUA